AGGACCUUCUUCAGAUGUCUCAGAUGCCCCACCUGGAACAAUGUCGACAACAAUGUCAUUGAGAUUUGCUCAAGCAGCAUCCAUAAGUCUUUCAAAUGUAGCCGUGGCUCCAUGUAAUGGUAGAGCUCGCUGGACUGCCCUCCUUGUGAGGUGGCGGAACUGCGGAGGAGUAGAACAAGGAGCCAAACAGUGGUCAGAGUGGGAAGCGACAUAAAGCAGUAGGGGUGGUCUUUGAGAUAAGUACCACUCUAUUACCUUGUUUUUAGCCACCUAUUAAACACACCAGAGCUGUUUUGAUUGCAUGCGUUUAUUUAUAAUUUUAUUGUGAGUUUUAGUCUUUUUUAUGGGAGCCUGGUGUCUUUCAUAUCAACUGAAUUUCCCUGAGGAUUUCCAAAGAGAUUACUACAGUAUUUUUAUUCUAUUCUAUUCUAUUCUAACUCUCUGGGGAUUUUAUUCUGGUUGACAGAGGCUCCUGGGUCCAACGCAGAUGGAAGUUGCGGGUGUCCCACUGGAGAAUACACUUUAUUCUUAAAUUGUCCCGGGUCUAGGUUUUUUAUUUUUUUUUUAUUUUUACUUUACUUACAUGUGUGCAUCAUGUGACCCAGAUUGUCUUCAUCUGCUGUCAGAUUCAAAUCAGGAAGAUGAAACCACACAGCAGCUUCAGCUGAGCUGUCAGUCUGCAGCAGCAGUCUUCUCUGUGAGCUGCAGGGGCUGAUGGGAGCUUGGAGGAGGAGUCACAAAGCACGUGGUCCUGCUGUCAUCUCACAGCUCGUCCUUCUUUGUCCUCAGCUGCAUCAGAACACCACUUCUCCUCAGGUUCACCAGAGGAAACACGGCUGAACAAAAUGCUUUUCCUCCCAGCUGCUGCUCUGUGCUGUCUGUGUUCAGCACUGGUUACCAUGGCAGCAGAACUCAUUCAGGAGGAUUUAACAUUGACCAGGAGAGUUGGUCAAAGUGUCUCUUUCAGCUGUGGAGGAACUCAGGAGUGUGAUGACAGCUACAGAUACAGAGUCUGGUACCAGAAGAAAGAAACAGAAACAUUCAAACCAAUCCUUCGGGUUUAUGAAAGUGAUGGUAGAACAUAUAAAGAUUACGGUCAUCCUCAGGAAGAUGAUUUCUCUGCUGGGAAAACCCAGACAGGAUGUGAAUUGAAGAUCAAUAAAGUUAAAGUGGAUCAUUCAGCCUCCUAUUACUGCAGCUGCUGGAAGAGUUACUACUUCAUCUUAGGAUCUGGAACUGGACUGUUUGUAUCGGAUGAGUCCGUAGUGAAGCCCGUGGUGAGCGUGUACCCAGCAGCAUCCAGAGACCCCGUGGAGAGGGGCAGCUCCCUGCUGUGUCUGGCCUCAGCCAUGUUUCCUCCUGUGGUCCAGUUCUCCUGGAAAAGACAGAAGAACAACGGACAACCAGAGAACCUUCCUUCUACUGGGACAGAGCAGCUGGAUCUCAGAGAGUCUGGACGCAGCGCCUCCAUCCUGCUGAUCCAUCAGCAAGAGGACAGCUCCUAUAAAUACAUCUGCUCCGUCAAACAUGAGGGGGGAACAGUGGAGGUCCAAACACAACAAGAGUUUGCUGCACUUCCAGCUGCAGGUUCCACAGCAGCUCUAACAUCCCAUCCAGCAUCUUCCAGCAUUCUAGCAGAGGGAACAGCCUCUGUUCCUCCUCUGGACCUGGUGAAGCUGUCCUUCCAGUCUGAGUGCAGGGUGAAGCUGCUCUGCCUGCUGUACACAGUGCUGAUAGUGAAGAGUCUGGUGUACUGCUGUGGACUCUCUCUGCUGAUGAUCCUCAGAAACAAGGGAGCAUCCACCAACUCCAAACAUGCUGACUGACUGUUUUCUGAUCCUCUUUUCUCUCCAUCAAAUCUCAUCCUUUCAUCUCAUUCAUCACUUUGAUCACAGCUCUCUAAUGUUCUUAAUGACUUGAUACAGAUUCUUCAUCAAACUGUGUCAGUAGAUGUUUUAUGAAGAUGUUACAUUGAUUUCUCCGUUUUCAUUUUAAUAUUUUUUAUACACAGUGAUCCAUCUUCUUUAAAUGUGACUGUGUUUCUUAAAAUAAACAAAUACCAGCCUUGAUGAUGCAACAAUUGUUCAUAUCUCUUGAAAUAUUUUUUUCAAGGGCAUGGAAACAUAAAAAGUUUCCAUGAAUCAGAAUAAAGACAGAGAGCAGAGAGAGAGGUUGAUGAGUGAACAGCAGCAGAUAUGAAUCUGCUCUCAGUGGUUUUUAUUACAGGAAAUGCUGCUGAGAGACGAUCAAACUUCCUGCAGAUGUUUGUGUUCUGCAGCUUCAUACCGUUAUCUGUGGAUUAACAAUAAAAACACACAUAUAUUGUUUGCUGUUUUAAUUCUGACAAAUGUCCUCAUGAUUUUAGUUUUAGACAUUGAGUCUAGUAUUAUUGAUGUUUUCCAUCAUGAGGGAAUCUGACAUUUGUUUGCACACAUCUGAAAGAGUUUGGGAAAGACUCCUCCCAG